UCUGAGAAAUUGGAUGGAAUGAAUCACUCCACAGUAACAGAGUUUGUGUUUUUGGGACUCACUAAUUCAUGGGGGAUUCAGCUCCUCCUUUUUGUCUUUUCCUUUUUGUUCUACUUGGCAAGCAUGAUGGGAAACCUUGUCAUUAUGUUCACUGUAACCUUGGAUGCUCAUCUGCACUCCCCCAUGUAUUUCCUCCUGGCUAACCUGUCAGUUAUUGAUAUGAUUUUUUGCUCAAUCACAGCCCCUAAAAUGAUUUGUGACAUUUUUAAGAAGCACAAAGCCAUCUCCUUUUGUGGAUGUAUUACUCAGAUCUUCUUCAGUCAUGCUGCUGGGGGCACUGAGAUGGUACUGCUCAUUGCCAUGGCCUUUGACAGAUAUGUGGCCAUAUGCAAACCUCUCCACUACCUGAUUAUCAUGAGUCCAAGAAUGUGCCUAUACUUUUUAGUCAGUUCCUGGAUUGUCGGUUUUAUCCACUCAUUGCUUCAAUUAGUUUUUGUGGUAAACUUGCCCUUUUGUGGCCCUAAUGUAUUGGACAGUUUUUACUGUGACCUUCCCCGUCUCCUCAGACUCGCCUGCACAAAUACCCAAGUCCUGGAGUUCAUGGUUAGUGUUAAUAGUGGGCUUAUUUCUGUGGGAUCUUUUGUCUUACUAGUCAUUUCCUACAUUUUUAUUCUAUUCACUGUUUGGAAACACUCUUCACAAGGUUCAUUCAAGGCCCUCUCCACUUUAUCAUCUCAUAUCACUGUGGUAGUUUUGUUCUUCGGGCCGCUGAUGUUUUUCUACACAUGGCCUUCUCCCUCAUCACACCUGGAUAAAUAUCUUGGUAUUUUUGAUGCAUUUAUCACUCCUUUUCUGAAUCCAGUCAUCUAUACAUUCAGAAACAAAGAGAUGAAAGUGGCAAUGAUGAGAUUGUGCAGUCAUCUUGUUCAUUACAGGAAGAUUUUGUAA